AUGCAACUCCAAUCUGACCUUCAAGUCGACCCAGGUCACGACCAGUGGCCUGGUGGUGACAAAUGGGAGUGGAAUUGGUGCGGCUGUCGAGUGGCCUUAGCGGCGCCUCCGGGUCCCCUGCCGAUGCCACCGCGGCGUGCUCGAGAACGGUAUCUGGAACCGGCGGUGUCACGCACCGUGGCUCCGUUGCCGGCACCGGCGACCACCAACGGAGGGGGCUCCGUGGAUUACUCGGAGCGGCGUCGGCGGCCACUACCAGGCGUUAUCUGGUUCCAGCAAUACCCAGUCAACGAGCUCACCCACCGCGUCCUCACUGACGUGCCGCUCUGGAAAUUAGCCCCGAACGCGCAGUACUUCAUCGCCGAAUAUGGUAACCACCUCCCACUCUACUUGUUCCAGAACUGUUUUCCACCCCAUGCUUCUACUACCCGCCCCCGAGCCAAGCCGGAUACACACGACAACCCGGACGCCCAGUUGCACACACACCCCGGCUCGAAUCCCGGCUUUGGUCGGAGCGGGGGUCCGAGUCGCGACCCCAAACCCGGCCGGCGUGCCCGUCCGGCACAGGGCCCACUGACCACCUUCGGCCGGCGGUGUUUCGAGGCCUACUGUGUCCGGCACGGGGUCUGCUUCCACCGUUUCCGGUUCAUCACAGUCGCCGGGCGGCCGUGGGUAUUCGCCGUAGACCGGGAGCGGUCGCCAACGGAGGAGCAGCAAGACCUGGGUGUGGUACACGCGCCGAGCGGCGCUGUCACGCUUUACCGAGCCUGUCCCUGUCCCACGGGAAGCCCCCCACGCAGCCAACAGACUUCCGGCUGCGAUUGGUGGAGCGUCGGAACCUGGGCAGCCAUACUAAGUUUCCUUCCUGUGCAUGACGUGCUCUAUUCCGGACAUUGGGUCCGCGAUUUGCGAAGGUCGCGACUGCCGGGUUUGCGUGGUGCGGCUUGUUGUGUACCGCGUGUAGACGUCUGUAGUCUAGCACAUACACUUACCAACGACUUCCGCAGUGACGUAAUGGUUCCCCUUCUCGAUAUCCCACACUCCGCGGAUCGCGUCGCGCUGUCGUUCAAAUGGCACGACCAACACUGGGGUAACCAAAAGGCCGUACUCUACGCACUGUACCUCAAGAGAAAACAAGAAUCCCACCAGGACCAGAGCCAAGGUCUGGACACCACAGGGCGGGCGCAACAAGGAACGAUGGAGCCAAACAAUAGCCUAUUUGAAGUAGCACACGCCCUCUUUCCGAACCUCGAACGCACGGACGCUACAAACGACCAGUCUCCGGAUGCACCUCUGGACUCUGAAAUGUCUGAAGACGAGUACUACGACGAGCCUGCACCCACUGAGGCCGGCCCCACUGGAGCUACCCCCGCGGACGUGGGCGGAGAGACUUUUGAGUUGUUGGACACUUUGUGGGACGAAUAUGAUCUUCUGGGUGUGAGCGUGCCGGCGCACUUGGCGGACAUGCGUGACGCGGAGGUUCGCGUUGAACUCCCGCCUGAGGAGGUGUGUAGGGCCGAGCGUAUUGUGUUGUGCUAUACCGUCGGAGGCGGCGGUGGGCACUCGCUCAGUUUCGACUACUUUAAAGUCGCGACGGUUCGAUUCCAGGCUCUGCCCGCCGUACACCGGUCACUGGCGGCCCGCGUUUUCGCCCACGCUGCUCUGCGCGACAAGGUACUCACCUUCCUCCACCGAGCCGCCCAAGAACCUCUCCGAUGCGCUCUCGACCCCCCGGUCGGGGCAGACCCCACCUUCCGGGACCAGGGCGCGGCCGGACAUCUCUCCAUCGCCACCGGCGGGAUAUCUCUCAAUGGCGGAUACCCCCCCAACCUCACUGAUACAAACCCCGCCACUGAUACAAACUUCUCUGGAAACUCCCCAACGCCUUGCAGCGAAGCGUGCACGGGUUCCAGUACACCCCAUUCAUCCAACCCGCACGAACCGAAGAAUCUCUCGGAUCAGAAUUCUUCGACCUCAAUAACGGAAGCGCCGGAGCGAAGGCGACUUCUGUUAGUCCAGCCGGCCGCGUGGUUCGAGAUGCGGGACGCAAGACCUGGCGCUUUGGUUGUCAACGGGUGCUACGGCCGCCACUUAACACCACGCAUUUCAUCCGGCACGUGGACACUCUCCGGGAAUCGAGCCGCCGACCGUGCGCUCCUCGCAAACGAACUCGGAACGACCUUCGUACGCAAACUACCACCGUUCCAAAUCGACCCCCUCGCAAACGCCAACGCCCUUCUCAUGGACCUAUGCGACAACGGCACACUGCCCCUCCGCGAUCUCUUCCGCCCCGAGACCUAG